UCUUUGCGAGUCUUUGCUGUUUGAAUCACACUCACACUUUACAACCAGUGAAACAGUCGGUAUCGCUCAUUCUUCUGAUAUUAGCUGUCGCGCCGAUCACUACAUUCUUAUGUAAAAUUUUAAUUUUUUGUACAUAAUCGCGUAUUAUGUAACCCUGAUCUCGUCGUUUUCAAUGUUUAAAACAUCUUCAGUCUACGUGUACAAUUAAUGCCGGAUUGUACAAUCCUAUUAUCUCUGCGAUAUGCUUCGAUUGAGGACAGUGAGGGUGAACUAACGUCUUAAAUUACACAUAUGGAUCUCGGAUCAUCAUCAGAGUCUAAUCCAUCUGUGUUAUUGGCUCGUCAAGGCAGUCGGCAGCCUCAAAAUCUUAGAAACACGAUGGAAAAUCAAAAAACGACUUACUUGGAUUACUCGACAGCACGAACGUUGUCUGAAGAGAGUGAAGAUGAUGAUGUGUCUGGGAAUGAAGAAGUGCCUCUCAAAAUUGUUAUGGAGGAAAACUUGACCUACCAGCGAGGCUUUGAUGACAGCAGCUACAUCAUAUCACUGCCCGACUACUUCACUAAAGAGGAGGUCCCUACCUAUGUACCACGUCCUUCAGUAAUAGAACUAAAUCUCCCAUCAGCCACAUUUGAAUCUUUGGCUGCCACUGCUACUCAUUCUACUUGCACAGAGGGCCAAAGGCAAGGAAGAUUUAACGCUGAUAAGAGCGCCAGUGACUUCCCUUACCCAUGCAAUAUUUGCCAAGCUGUGGGAAUUGUGAGCUGCUUCCGUAGUCUGACAUUGUAUUCUAAGCAUGUGCUGAAAAAGCAUGGCGUCUCUCUUGAACGACAAGCUUCACAUACUUGUAUGAUGUGCUACAAAUCAUACAAGUCCAAAAGCAGCUACCUUAAGCAUAUUGCCAAUUCACAUCCAGAUGUGGAAGACCUCCUGAAGAAAGAUUCAAAUGAACGUCUUUGGCUGCAGUUCCAGAAGCUAGUGGAUGAAAAAUUAGAGGAGCUUUUGUCAAAUUCCAGAAGAGUCUGUACGUCAACUGACGACACAUGGGAAAAUAUAAAUCAACACCAUAUUCAAGAUUCUGGAGUACUAAUACCCCCUGCUGAUGCUCUUCCAUCGUCAGAGUACACCGGAAUUGAUUUUGAUCAAAUUUCCCACCAGGUCUUCGAGCAGUUAACUUCAGAUGAGAAUCCGUAUGUGCAGAGCUUUAAUUCCCCUGGAAGAACUGCUGAUCAAAUCAUUGAGGAUCUGUGCCAAUUGACUAUAGAGAUGGAUUCUGACAGAAACGCAAGCGUCUACUACAACACAGAUAAUUUUAAUAGUAUGGAUGGGGUUGCUAUUAUUAGUGACACAUCGAGUAAUGCACUGCAUACAACUUUUCCAAAUGAGACAAAUGAAUCUGCUCAAUAUCGUGAAGAGGUUUAUUUGAACUAUUCAGGAUCAGCAAGGGUUGCAUAUGAUAGAGGAGAAAAGGUAUAUGAAAAAGACUUUUUGCUAAACAACAAGACAAAAAUGAUGACCAGGGGUCAGUUAAAAGCACUCGUUAAGAGGUGCCGCCAACCAGAAGAAGAACUUUGUGAAUCAUUUGAUCCAAGAAUGUGCAAAUACUGUAAAGGUAUGUUUGCCAAAAUGCAUGUGCACCUUAAGGAGAGGAUGUGCAAGCAGUGCAAGUUGGUUACUAAGUGUGCUACACAGCACCUGAAUCAUUUGCCUCUGCACAAACUCUAAAGUUUUCUUAUGCAAAAAAAUUAAAUGAGCGUAGUUUUUGAAAGACCUCUUGCAUCUUUGUCCACUAUUUACUCUCUUUGUUCUUAUUGGCAAUAAUAAAAUUUACUUUCUUUUUAAUUUCCACCUUAAUUAGCAGAGAGUCAUCAAUUAUUUUUUUCUUUAGGCAUGGAUAUGUAAAGAAACAUGAAAAAGCAUCUCCAUUUGCUACAAUGAAACUGUUUUUUUAUAAUAUAUGUAAAAAAAAAUAUUCUUUUAACUUGCAUAUUAUGUUGCACAUCCUCUCUGUUAUGUCUCAUAAGAAGUUUUUUUUUAUUAUAAAAAUCAAUCAAUUUUGGAAUUGUAAAUUAAAAUUGGUUGAACACAAUAAUAAUUAUUGUGAAUUUUAAAUUUUAUGCUGCUAGCUGAAGAUAAGCUAAGGUUGUACGAAAUAAAUCAAUUUUUUCUUUAAAAUAAAAGGGCUAAAAUGAUACAGCUAAAAUUACUCAGGCUUUUCACAGUAAUAAUUUAUUUUUGAUACAAAACUGUGCUCUCACUCUAAAACAUUUG